AUGGAGAGAGAAGCCAAAGAAAACGUUUAUGCGGUGUUAGACCCGCAUAUACAAUACGAGUUAACUAUAAAUAAGCACGGGGAACCGCCUAAAUACUUAUCGCUAUCUAAGCCUCUAACUCACCAAAGAACGCACGCUUUUGACCCGCAAACAUUUAAAUUUAAUGAAAUUAAUAACAAUUUCUAUAAUGAAUAUGGAAUACCCAAAUAUCGAUCAGAUCAACUAAGAAAAUCUGAUAGAAGUAACAGAAGGUACAAUGAACAGAGUUACUGUAAGAGCAACCACGACGUCAAAUACUCAAUAGAUCCACAUUUUGGAAAGGCUAGAGAUUCUAACAACAUGGCUGACGCACAAAAUAGAAAUCGUAGUAGUUUUUAUAAUAAGAAUCGGAUGCACGGGAGAAGUUCAGGUCGGAAGCAAAACUUUACAACAACUGAGAAUAAAGGCCCUUUUACUAAGGUAGAUUCUAAAAGAGCCUCUUGUAAAAGUGUAAAAGUGAACGAUAUUGAUGUACAUAGAGCACAAGGAAAUGAAAAAGAGCGUUCAUUUGAUGAUAUGAAAGUCGAUAAUAAGCUGCAAGAAGUUAAAAACGAUGAUACAAUGCCACGACCAGGGAAAGUGAAAGAAAUCGCGUCUAAAUUCAAUAAAAACAGUGCUGACUUAAGACAAACAGUAAAUACAAAAGUGAAUAGACCCAAACCAAUACAAAGUUUCGAUCAGGCUUAUAUUAAUCAUAUAUUUCCUGACGCUGUCGAAAUU